UGGUUCAACUCUAUAGAAAUGAGAGUGUUUUUGUGUUUGGCUCUCCUUACUGUGUCAGCAGUAAAUGCUGCUGAAAAAACAAAAACUGGACUGGAUAAGUCACAGGAGAAACCGAAACGCAGUAUUGGCCUCCUUGAUGAUGGAAUAGGAGGAAUCAGCGCAUAUGCCGGUUUUGGGAGCAUUAGCGGGCUGAGUUCAUCUAGCUACGGAUUAGGUGGUGUUUCGGGUUACGGAUUAGGUGGCGUAUCCGGCUACGGACUCGGUGGUGCUUCCGGCUACGGAUUAGGUGGUGCUUCCGGUUAUGGAUUAGGUGGCGUAUCCGGCUACGGACUUGGUGCAGCUCUUGCAUCAAGCUAUGGAUUGGGAGCCGCUUCUUACCAACAACAUCCAAUUUCUCAUUCGCAUGAAUACCGCCAAGUAUCUCAACACGUACCAAUAAGAGUACCCCAACCAUACCCUGUAACAGUUACCAAAUCUGUACCUGUGCCACAUCCUGUACCCGUAGAAGUACCAAGGCCUUAUUCGGUGCCUGUUCAAGUGAGAAUUCCAGUAGAAGUACCCAGACCAUACGAGGUUAAAGUACCAAGACCUGUAGCAGUUCCAGUCGAAGUUAGGGUUCCCGUAGAAGUUCCUAGGCCAUAUCCAGUUGAGGUUUCCAAAGCAGUACCAGUUGAAGUAGAAAGACGAGUAGUUGUUAAAGUUCCAGUUUCUGUACCCGUCUCAGUGCCACAACCCUAUACAGUCCAAGUACCAACACCCGUACAAGUGAGGGUACCCACACCAGUAUACGUCAAAGAACGCAAAUAUGUUCACACUUACAAGAAUAUUGACCACGGCGUGGUGAAGACCGGUGCAGCCAGUGCUGGAUUAGUUAGUGGUGGAUUCGUCAGUGGUGGAUUAGUCGGCGGUGGACUGGGUAGCAGUGGAUUAAUCGGUGGUGGAUUAUCUAGCAGUGGAUUGGUGAGCGACGGAGUAGUUAGUGGUGGAUUGGUCAGUGGUGGAUUAUCCAGUGAUGAUUUGUCCGGUGGCAUAACGGCCUACAGCGAACGAAUUAGUGGUGGAUGGCAUUCCGAUUCUCUGAAUGCAUACAACAAUGGAAAAUAUCACAGCCAGUCUUGGAAAUAGAGAUGUUUUAUAAAUGAUUUGGGACAAAAGUACUUUCCGGCUGUAUAUAUAGAACAUACGUUAAGAAAUCAACUUAAAAUUAGAAGUGAUAAAGAAUAAUCAGAUUCAUUCCUCCUUGGAUUAUUAAUUAUUUUACAUCGAACUAACUUUUUUGCAUUCAAUAAAUGGUAUUAAAUUAUAUAUUGCGUUUUGAAAUAAAUCCGCAGAAAAGAGAAAAAA